CGCCUCGCCGCGGCCCGGCUCGAGGUGUCACCUCCCUUCGCCCCAACCUCGCCAUGCGGACCCCGAGAGCGUCCCCUCCCCGUCUGGCUCUACUGCGCCUACUGCUGCUACUUGGGGGCGCCCACGGUCUCUUCCCCGAGGAGCUGCCACCUCUCAGUGUGGCCCCCAAGGACUACCUGAACCACUAUCCCGUGUUCGUGGGGAGCGGGUCGGGACGCCUGGCCCCUGCAGAGGGCCCCGAUGACCUCAACAUCCAGCGGGUCCUGAGGGUCAACAGGACGCUCUUCAUCGGGGACAGGGACAACCUGUACCGGGUGGAGCUGGAGCCCCCCACGUCUUCAGAGCUGCGGUACCAGCGGAAACUCACCUGGCGUUCCAACCCCAGCGACAUCAACGUGUGUAGGAUGAAAGGCAAACAAGAGGCCGAGUGUCGAAACUUUGUAAAGGUGCUGUUACUUCGAGACGAAUCCACGCUGUUCGUGUGCGGUUCCAACGCCUUCAACCCUAUAUGCGCCAACUACAGUAUGGACACGCUGCAGCCUCUCGGGGAGAACAUCAGUGGCAUGGCCCGCUGCCCGUACGACCCCAAACAUGCCAAUGUCGCCCUCUUCUCUGAUGGGAUGCUCUUCACGGCCACUGUUACUGACUUCCUCGCCAUCGAUGCAGUCAUCUACCGCAGCCUCGGAGACCGGCCCACCCUGCGCACCGUGAAACAUGACUCCAAGUGGUUCAAAGAGCCCUACUUUAUCCACGCGGUAGAAUGGGGCAGCCACAUCUACUUCUUCUUCCGGGAGAUCGCAAUGGAGUUUAACUACCUGGAGAAGGUGGUGGUGUCCCGCGUGGCCCGGGUGUGCAAGAAUGAUGUGGGAGGCUCCCCGCGUGUGCUGGAGAAACAGUGGACCUCCUUCCUGAAGGCGAGGCUCAACUGCUCUGUGCCUGGGGACUCCCACUUCUACUUCAACGUGCUGCAGGCCGUCACGGGCGUGGUCAGCCUAGGGGGGCGGCCUGUGGUCCUUGCUGUCUUCUCUACCCCCAGCAACAGCAUCCCUGGCUCGGCCGUCUGCGCCUUUGACAUGAUGCAGGUGGCUGCUGUGUUCGAAGGCCGUUUCCGCGAGCAGAAGUCCCCAGAGUCCAUCUGGACGCCUGUGCCGGAGGAUCAGGUGCCGCGGCCCCGGCCCGGCUGCUGUGCGGCUCCCGGCAUGCAGUACAACACCUCCAGCGCCUUCCCUGAUGAGAUCCUCAACUUCGUCAAGACCCACCCUCUGAUGGACGAGGCAGUGCCGUCGCUGGGCCACGCUCCCUGGAUCGUGCGCACCUUGAUGCGGCACCAGCUGACGAGAGUGGCCGUGGACGUGGGUGCUGGCCCCUGGGGCAACCAGACAGUCGUGUUCCUGGGAUCUGAGGCAGGCACUGUCCUCAAGUUUCUCAUCUGGCCCAAUGCCAGCGUCUUGGGCACCAGCGGGCCCAGCGUCUUCCUGGAGGAGUUCGAGACCUACCGGCCAGACAGGUGUGGACGGUCUAGUGACGACGAGACAGGGCAAAAGCUGCUGAGCCUGGAGCUAGACACAGCUUCAGGUGGCCUGCUGGCAGCCUUUCCCCGAUGUGUAGUCCGAGUGCCAGUGGCCCGAUGCCAGCAGUACUCGGGGUGCAUGAAGAACUGUAUCGGCAGCCAGGACCCUUACUGCGGGUGGGCCCCCGACGGUUCCUGCAUCUUCCUUAGCCCUGGCACCAGAGCCUCCUUUGAACAGGAUGUGUCCGGGGCCAGCACCUCAGGCUUAGGGGACUGCACAGGGCUCCUGCGGGCCAGCCUGUCGGAGGAGCGAGCCGGGCUGGUGUCCGUGAACCUGCUGGUGACGUCGUCGGUGGCGGCCUUCGUGGUGGGCGCCGUGGUGUCCGGCUUCAGCGUGGGCUGGUACGUGGGACUCCGAGAGCGCCGGGAGCUGGCCCGCCGCAAGGACAAGGAGGCCAUCCUGGCCCACGGGGGCGGCGAGUCCGUGCUGAGUGUGAGCCGGCUGGGCGAACGCCGCGCAGGGGGCCCCGGAGGCCGGGGCGCAGGCGGUGGUGUUGGCCCUGGGGCACCCCCCGAGGCCCUGCUGGCUCCGCUGAUGCAGAACGGCUGGGCCAAGGCCACGCUCCUGCAGGGCGGCCCCCACGAUCUGGACUCAGGGCUGCUGCCCACUCCUGAGCAGACACCACUGCCUCAGAAGCGCCUGCCCACGCCACACCCCCAUGCCCUGGGCCCCCGAGCCUGGGAGCAUGGCCACCCCCUGCUCUCCGCCUCCGCCUCCUCUUCCCUCCUGCUGCUGGCCCCAGCCCGUGCCCCGGAGCAGCCCCCAGCGCCAGGCGAGCCAGCCCCCGACGCCCGCCUCUAUGCCACCCGGCCCUGCCGGGCCUCCCACGGCGACUUCCCACUCACCCCCCACGCCAGCCCGGACCGCCGGCGGGUGGUGUCAGCGCCCACGGGCCCCUCGGACGCAACCUCAGCUGCCGACAGCCUCCCGCGGCCCUGGAGCCCGCCGCCCACAGGCAGCCUCCGGAGGCCGGGGCCCCACGCCCCGCCGGCUGCCGCCCUGCGCCGCACGCACACCUUCAACAGCGGGGAGGGCCGGCCCGGAGACCGGCACCGUGGCCGCCACUCCCGGCCCAGCACGGACUUGGCCCACAUCCUCUCCUAUGGGGGCACAGACAGGACUGCGCCCCCCGUGCCCUAGACCGGGACCCCCCCAUGCCUUGGCAGUGCCAGCCACGGGAACCAGGAGCAAGAGACCCGGCCCAGCUCCGAGUGGGUGCUCAAGACUCCCACCCCACUCUCGUGGGGGCCCCCUCCGCCACACGGAAGCACAAUGAGUUCGGCCUCCCCAAAACCCCGGGGCCGCAGGACACUGAGGCGGUUUGGGGGGUGGUGGGUGGGAGGAAUGUGCUAUGGAUUUGAGGUUGACCUGCGCGUGGAUUUGGGUUUGUUUUCCAAUUUGCAUUUCUUUUGCAGUUUUCUAACCAAUUGCACAACUCCGUUCUCGGGGUGGCGGCUGGGGGCAUGGAGGCAGCGGGAUGUGGGGGGCUACAGCUGCAGACCCAAGCCUCUCCAUCCCUCAAAGGUCCCUCCUCAACCCGGGCUCCUGGCGUGUGUGGGUGUGUGUGCGUGUGCAUGCUGUGUUUGUGUGCAAGGGGCCAGGAAGUGGGGAGAUGAGCGUGUGUGUGUCCUUGAGGGCUGCUGUGGUGUGCGUGGGGCAGGCCGUGCGUGCAGUGUGUGUGUCUGUGUGUGAGCGGGGGCCCCAGUGGCCUGGGCAUUGGCUAAGCCAAUGCAGGGCUUCCAGAAGGCCCAGGAGCCUCCAAGGUGCCGGUUAGGAGUUUGAAGGGGAGACAGGAGGGGUUUUCAGGCAGGGGUGCCGGGAAGGCCUGCCCAGAAGUCAUUGGCAGCAGCUGCCUGAAGGGCUCAGGGGUCUGGGGGGUGGCAUAGGUGGGGGGCCCCUGUAAAUAUGGCCCCAGGGUGGUCAGAGGGUCCCACGACACCUGUCCUUUUGUGACCUCCCCUUGACCUCAGCUGACCAUGCAUGCCACGUGGCCAGCUGAGUCCUGGACCCUCUCUGGAGUUUGCCUCCCCCAUCCCCUCCCCAUCAAUAAAACUGUUUACAACCA